UUCGUCAAAUCACCAUGCGUGGGACUUCCAUCAUCUGUGGUCAGAACGCGCAGGCAGGGCGUUCAUAUCAUUUGAACAGCAAGUGACGCUCCUCUGCUCCGCCGCCGCCCGAGCUUCUUGGUUCAUGGCCGGCACGAGCACCUCCAUCUCCUCUCACGUUAUCGGAUCCGGAAUCGUCGAAAUUUCCAGACCCAGCCGAACAGGCGCCCCGUUCUGCGUCAGAAUCUCAACGAAGAGCAAUGGCGUCCCCACGUGCAAAGGGCGUGACCCUCUCUCCGAUUUCGCUCUUGCCGCCGAGGGACCCUCCUGCAUCUUCGUGGGCCCUCUCGAAACCGCCAGCAAGGAAACCCUAGAAGCUCUCUAUUGUCAAGCAAGGGAUGCUUAUUACAGCGGCAGACCUUUAAUAGUUGAUGACAUGUUUGACAGAGUAGAGUUAAAACUGCGGUGGUAUGGUUCAAAAUCCGUCCUCAAGUAUCCACGAUGCAGUCUUCGAAGACAAUCGACAUAUGCAGAUGCUGAGGUAGACCCUUCACAGGUUUUUGCUUUGGCAGGCAUAUGGAUUCUGUUUUUUGCAUUUGGAUGUUUGGCAUGUCUUGUGCCUAUCAUCUACACUGUGGGUCUAGCUUAUCAGGAUGCACUCGAUUCAGGACUUCACUACAGCAGCCACACAUCUGCAUUUGAGUUUCUUGCCAUGGUUAAUGGCAUUCUCUUUAUGCUACUGGGAUCUGUGAUUGGCUAUCCAAUUGCAUCAGCUUCUGUUAAAGUGCUUCUAGGCCUAUGGAGGAAUGACUUGGUGGCAUUAAAGGGGGCAUGCCCAAAUUGUGGGGAGGAGGUUUUUGCGUUUGUGCAGUCAGAUCAGUUUAGAAACUCGCCCCAUAGAUCAGAUUGUCAUGUGUGUGAAUGCUGUCUAGAAUUCCGCACCAAAAUUGAGGUAAUACAGCAAUCCAUUUCAAAACUUGGUAGGGAUUGGGUCCAUGGUCGAAUUUACCUAGUUUCCCAGAGAGGCGGCAACCAACGUCGAAGAUGGAUGUAGCAUGCAUCAUUCAACCAAUUUGUAUGCUGCUUGAGUUCAUGUGCAAUACAAUGAUUCUUUCCUUUUUCCUUCACAUUUAACGCCCCCCCACUCCUGACGCUUGCGCACUGGAAAAACUCCCUAAUAACCAGCAGAAAUGUAUUUAUGAUAGCUCUAUGGACAGCAGCAAUUGCGUAUUGUAAUGUGAAAAAUAGCUGAUUUCAAUAUCUCAUUAUUUGAGUCCAAUUGUAUUACAGUACAGAGUGAAUUUUGGGCUGGUCAGAACCUGCUAAAUGGAGAAAUAAUCACUCACUGAGCAUGUCUAAAUUGUAUGAGCUUUUAAGGCCAUAAGCUCUGAACUUGUAUACUGGUGGUGGUCUCACUGCACAAUUGAUAUAAAGACUAUGCUGUAAUCUUUCUUAGCAGA